CCCCGGUGUCUCGUCGCCUGCGGCUCAGCUUUCGAGGCUAGCCGUUCACGAUGUCACCUUUCCGCCGACACGCCCCCGCCGAACGAUUCGCGCCUCGCGCCGCACAUCUCUGGACGAUGUGGAGGGCGACCGAGCGCGUUGACGAUGGACCCCGAGCUGCUGCGACGCAUGCUGCUGGACACGACACCGACGCAAGACCCGGCGGAGCGCUUGAGGCGCUAUAUCGCCCUCUCCAGUAGAGGGCGUGCGUGCCUCGCCUCCCCGUGCGCUUUCUUGUUCUCUCAUCCUUACCCCGUCGUUUGUCCCCUGCAGCUAUCGACCUCAGCUCUUACCACCCAUCAACACGUCGAGAUGUACGACCACUUAACUGGGGUUCCGUAUCUCACGUGUGCCGACACACUGGCGUCAACGCUCUCAACCGACCUCAUCGCUUUUCGACCGUGUCUGCGGAUAGGCCCUCGCCUCGCGCCCACUGCGCGCGCCGCACCGACGACCACCGCAUCCGCCUGCAUUGUGUUUAUUGAACGUACUUUAUGUGUAUCACGACCACGCUAUCAACACCACCACCUCCUAUUCCGCUACCUACUCACAUCCUCGCCCCCGCUCUCGCCCCGAUCCCUUCGACAUCGAACCCGCACCGCCUCUCUGGAACGUAGAGCGCGGUGGCCCACUCGUCGGCCGGGCAGACGGACGCUUACGACAACGGGAGGCCCAGCGCCUCGCCGACCAGGCAACGACAUCGCCGACAAGACCGCCGCCAUCAUCGUCAAGGACCCCGCUGCCCUCGUCCACUCCACCUCGCCCAGCGUCUUCCCCACCGGAUCACGCAGUAUCCCGCCGCGACCGCCCCGCCGCCGCCUGCUCGCGAUCCUGCCGCCCGGCGCUAGCCGCUGUAGGCACGCAGUCGAUCCGCAGGGCCCGCGCGCGCCGUGUGUGCGCAACCGGCGUUGAGCGUGGAGGGCUGACCGCUGGUGCCAGCUGGAGUGCGAGUGCGCGGUUGUCUGACGCAGCCUGUGGCUGCCUCCACGCCCGCGCCCGCGAGUCGGCCGGUCGGCGGAGUCCGCGCCCAGACGACGAUGGCCCUUGAACACGAUGUCGCCGUAGCUGAGGUAUCCCGGUUCUUACCUUGCUACAUCCUACUAUGCCUGUAUGACCCUGCCUAUGCCCCUAUGCCCCCUCAGCGUCGACUCCGUGGGACUGCCUUGUAGUGUGGCGCACUGUGCGAGUGCUGCCCCUCGGCAGCUGCUUCGAUGGACUCCCUUAUUUCCGUAGCUACCCCCGGUGUUGUCAAUGUAUCUAACGCCCCUACGAUGUUGUAUGUACAUCACGAAAGCGAUGCUUUACUCGCUCUACCCUGUGUGAAGAAUGGAGACUAAGCCACUGACUCACUCACAAGCAGUGGGCGGCGGGACGGAAUUCGGAAAGCGCGAU